AUGAAGAAUUUGGUAAAUUUGCUAAUUAGUUUGGUAGCAUUGCUACAAUUAGUUCUUUCUGACGAGCCACAAGCCACAGUUGUUGUCACCAGAACACAUUAUGUUUCUCCUCCAUGUAUGAAAUCCCAAGCUGGAAAUCUUUUGCCGGGGAAUCCAGAGGGUUUAACAGCCGGGAUUCAAGUUGUUUUUGUCUAUCAAGAUAAUGUUGAUGAAGAACGACAAAGAUUACAAUCGCUCCAACCAGCUAUUCAAGUUGGUGGAACUGCAGAGACCACCACAUCCACUGUUUUCAGUGCAACCACAGAACCAACAUUCACUUGGCUGCCAACAUCUACUAAUGCAGAAUUAAGUACAACUGAAGAACCUAAAGUUUCAUUACAGCCUGUAAUUAGUGAAGAAAGAUCGGCUUUAGUUAAUAUUGCCUCUAUCACAGAAGCAGUUACUGUCCUGGGAGAAAUCACACGUUAUAGCACAAGUUCUAUUACCUCGGUAUCUUCCCUAAUCGUUACGCAAAUUCCGUCUUCAUCAUACACUUCCGAACCACCUGCUGCAAACACCGGAGAACCUAUUGUGUUUGACUCAGAAACAACCGUUGAACAGGAUGAACAAGUGUAUGUGACCGUCUCUUUGGAUGAAGUUUUAGAAAUGUCAGAUCCAGAAACGGAAGUAGAGGAAGCUCCAUUGGAACCCGUCUUAGAAGAUGAACAAGAAGAACAAGAAGAACAAGAAGAACAAGAAGAACAAGAAGAACAAGAAGAACAAGAAGAACAAGAAGAACAAGAAGAACAAGAAGAACAAGAAGAACAAGAAGAACAAGAAGAACAAGAAGAACAACAAGAAGAAGAAGAAUUAACAGAAGGACUAGCAUUUUGCUACUCUGGAGACUUAUUCACAGUUAUUUCAACCGAAGAACCUCCUUCAGUUUUCGAUAGAAGACCCCAUCCAGUAUCCCUCCCUCUUGGUGUCGAUAAUUCCGGUAUUCCUAUUGGUACUAAUAAGUUUUACUCUAAUUUAUUCUUGGGAAAUCAAGAUCAAAUGGUUUGGACUUAUCCUUAUGGUGUAUUUUGGAGCAAAAAUACAUACUAUGGUAUCGGGGUACAACAUACUGACGUUUCUAAGAGGAACAUGGGUAGUCAUAGUACUGCUGGGACAACUUUCGACUAUUAUUUAAAUGCAAUUAGACAAAGGGAAUGGGUACUUUCUGCAACUUCAUUCGGUUUUGAGUCAGUUGGUAUGGGUGUAACAGACUUGACAAGUUUAUCAGCACUAAUGACUUUAAGAGAUUCUUCUGAUGGCCCAGAAAGCCGUUUAGAAAUGCCUUUAGUGCAAGGGUCUGGAUUUGUAACAGCUAUCUAUCACGGUAAUUUAGUUCUUAAGCUUGAUUCACAGGUUGGGGUGACUGUAAUGACUAGUGAAGAAUCUGAAGAUUUAGAAACUAAUAUAUUAAAGUACAAAGCUGAGUUGAAUGAUGGAUCAAUCUGGUUAUUGUAUCUAACUUUACCUUCUGAAGACACCAACUUUGAAUUGAUCGACUCUGCUGAUGGUAUUGUUGCGAAUAAGGCAGUCGACGGUUUAAUAGUUCAAUUAGCAUUUGCCCCCGAUCGGGAAUUGGAAGAUUUCUACGAUGUUGCUGCUGGAACGUAUGUUAUUAGUGCCAGCGUGGCGGGUAGUACUAAUUGCGAUACUGCAGAGUACCUGAUAAACUUCGAGACAACUGGGCAAUCAUCAAGCGGCAACCCAAUUGUUUUUGCAUUGCCCCAUCAUCUAGAAUCUUUAUCCGAACAAACUUUGGCUUGGGCUACCGGUAUUCAAAUGCAAUCACCAACCAAAGGGACUAUGGAGGGGUUCUUAACUCAACUGCUAACAUUCACCGAAACCAUAGAGAGAAACAUCCAAUUUUUACCAUGGACACCCAAUUCGAAUGAAGCAUUGGUAUACACUAUCGAGCAGGUGCGACUUUUGGCAACGGCGGCCAAUGAGGAAAUUCGAGUUGAUAUAGAACGAAUGGUAAGGGAGACGGAAUCCAAUUAUUUUACGGGAAAGCUUCUUGAUAAAUAUGCAAACAUUCUUUUGGUUCUAUUUGACAUUAUUAGGGAUCCAGUUGUCACAGAAGAAUUCCUCCAAGGUCUCAAAGAUGGCUUUGACAUAUACUUCCAAAACAAUCAAUAUUUACCAUUUAUUUACGACGAAACUUUUGGUGGGGUGACGGCUUGUGUCGAUUCACUUCCAAAUGAUAUUACAGAUUAUGGUGCUUGUUAUUAUAAUGACCAUCAUUUUCACUAUGGUUAUUUGAUCCAUGCGGCCGCUGUAGUUGGUUAUGUUGAUCAGACUUUAGGAGGAACAUGGGCUAUAGAUAAUCAGGAUUGGGUUAAUUCCUUGGUGAGAGAUGUGGCAAAUCCUUCCGAAAGUGACCCAUACUUCCCCGUGUUUAGACUGUUUGAUUGGUUCCAUGGUCACUCAUGGGCAAAAGGUCUUUAUGAAAGUGCUGAUGGUAAAGACCAAGAAUCUAGUUCCGAAGAUAUCCAUUUUGCUUAUGUGUGUGGUAUCUUUUUUGAAAACAAGAUAGACUACACUACCUACUUCGGGACUAGAACUGAGUAUAUACAUGGUAUCCACAUGAUUCCUAUUACACCAGCUAGUGCAUCAGUAAGAUUAGCCUCAUUUGCUGAAGAAGAAUGGGAGGACAAAUUAGCCCCAAUAAUCGAUGAUGUUGAAAACGGGUGGUCAGGUAUUCUAAGGUUAAACCAAGCUUUGUUUGAUCCGGAAUCGUCGUAUGCCUUCUUUGCUUCCGAUUCAUUUAACUAUCUCACUGAUUUGGAUAAUGGACAAAGCAGGACGUGGUCGUUAGCUUUUGCGGCAGCGGCGAUUAAUACUAGAUAG